ACUUGUCAUAUAUAUAGAGUUUGACUUUGCUGCCACAAACGAAUAGAAAACGCAUUGUGAUUAGCCUCAAAGCUAACGUUAAGUAUUAAAGGCCAUGCUAUUUUGUUGGCAUGAGAAUUGUGCACUGCACAUCCAUGGGAUGCAAUUUGUGUAAGUUAGGUUGUAAAUCGAAAGUGAGUGGGCACAAAAACGUUUUUCAGGUAUUAUAUUUUGCGUCAUUUCCAUGACGAGUGCCGCAACGUCUGUUGAUUUGCUGUAUUUAUUUUAUUUAUAAAACAAAACGCCUACUUCUGGACGGACUUCUGCUGAUGCUGCGCAUGCGUAUUCGGCCGCCAUCUUGGAACGGCAUCUUCGUUAGAUCUCGUGUCCCGUUCGCGUUUUGGGCGAUGGCGACCCCUCGGCGCGACGUCAUCGACUUUUCGGCGCUGGAGAAAGAUUUACGCGCCGGCGUGGAGUCGGAGCGCAAAUACCGACGAGAGAACGACGCCAAGCUGAGGGCCGUCCGGCAAGGCGUCGCCUCCUACCAGCAGUUCAGGGAUCUGGUCCUGACCAGUCACUUGACGCCGCUGGACAAGAACGACAAGAACACUCGCAAGCGCGGCCCCUGGAACCCUGUGGUUGCCCCCGGCAACCACAGCGGCAACACACCUGAACCUCACUAACAACAACAACAACAACAACAACAACAACUGCACGUCUUCCCCUCAAUGACAAAAUAUGGAGAUAUUUGAAUGUGAAUACAAGUUGUAUUGGUUUUAAAUUCGAAAAGUGAAUGAGUCAUUUAU